AUGGUCAAGUUACUGGUAGGAAAUGGUGCUAAUUUAAAUGCUCUGAAUUUCCAUUCACAAUCUCCACUUAUAUUAGCCUGUAGAUAUGAAUAUUCUGAUAUAGUUACAUUAUUAUGUUCUAAAGGUGCUGACCCUAAUUUAAAGGGAUAUUUUGGGAAUGAAAGAUUAACGCCACUUAGUCUGUGUUCAAGAUUAAAUAAGUUAGAAAUCACUAAGAUUCUAGUGUAUUAUGGUGCCGAUAUUAAUGCUAGUGAUGAUAGCGGUCCUAGUCCACUCUUUACUGCUCUCAGUCACCAUUCUAAUGAAGUCACUGACCUUUUCUUUUCUCAAUGCCUGAAUAAAGGUCUGGAUGUAAAGCUCUGCCGUAGAAACCAAGAAACGUUGUUACAUGCUCUGUUAGAAUAUAAAGGAGAUCUGAAGUAUCAAUAUGUAAAAGAUGUAAUUGCUCGUGGAUGUCCUGUAAAUCAAGCAACACGAUCUAAAAACUACCCAUUACACGAAGCAAUCGGCUGGCGGGAUGAGAAGAUGAUGAAGAUCUUUUUAGAUCUUGGGGCAGAUUGGCGGUUAUUAGACCGCUGGGGACAGAAUGCCUUACAUGUAGCUAUUGCUACUGGUGGUUUAAGUAUGGUUAGGAUAUUACUGUACAAGGGUGCGGAUAUCAACUCAUUAACUACGUUAGGUGUGUCCCCAUUGUAUAUUGCCUUUGAAUUCGACCAUAUUGAAGUAGCAGAAUAUCUCAUAGAUCACGGAAUUGACCUUAGACAAGAACUUUAUUUGAUUAAAACCAAAGCUAAAAUGAGAAACAUGGCAAUGGAUAGCAAUCUUACGCCAAGCUUUCUUCAACUUAAUCCUAGUUAUAAAGAAUAUUUAAAACAUUUAGCUAAUACACCACCUAAACUCCUUACUGUUUGUGUUAGAAAAUUAAGAAGCAUAUUUUCUGAAAACCAUCAACCUCUAGCCAAUGUAUAUUCACUUCCUAUACCAACUAUUUUACAGUCAAAAUUAAGUUUUGAUAUAAAACCACAAGUAUCUAGUGUAUGA